AUUUUCUACAUAGGAGCAGGAUUACUUUGAUGGUAAGAUGUAAACUCAAUAUUUGUAAGAUAAUAUCAUUUUUGUUUAAAAUUAAAUCCUGCAUGUUUUGUUUCUGGUAAACACCUGGACACCUCCCACUUUCCAAAACACAAACAUUUUCUUAUAUGUUUGUUUAUUUUGUUUUUGUGCACUGGGCUCAGUAAUUCACACGUCUUAUCUGCACCUGAACGCAUCAUGUGUUUCACACUGACACUGACAGCAGCAGGGGAGCACGUGGAAGCGGAGUGGGCACAAAUGUUAAAAAAAAAAAAAAAAAGAGCUUUCUGAUUAGUUGGUGAAUAAAAGGGGUGUGAUUUUCUCAUAAUUUACUAACACUGGCAUCAGAUAUGUAACGACAUUUUGCUGCAGUCGGCGGCAUGGAGGAGAGGCAGUGCUCAGCAGUGUGAGGUUAAUUUAUCCUCAGUUUGGAAAAGAAUGGACGUCUGCACUAAACCUUUGUGCUACGAGCUCCUGUCAGAAGUGGGAGAAGGCUCCUACGGUAAAGUGUAUAAGGCCAGAGAGGUAGGGGGGACACAGCGCCUCCUGGCGGUGAAGAAAUUCAACAUACGCGGAGACGCUGCAGACACCGGGAUCCCCGCCUUCAUGAUCCGGGAGGUGGCCCUGCUGCGGAAGAUGAAGUACUUCAACCAUCCUAACAUAGUGAAGCUGUUGGAUGCCUCUGCUGUACCGGUGGGCAGGACUGUGGACCUCACUCUGGUGUUGGAGUACAUUGAUCAGGAUCUGUCCACCUACCUCUCCAAGGUUCCUGCUUCUGGCCUGAGCCGCGACUGUAUCAAGGAUGUGAUGCUGCAGCUGCUGCAAGGCCUGGACUUCUUACACACAAACAUGGUGCUGCAUCGUGACCUCAAACCAGAAAACGUCCUGGUCAGCAGCCGUGGAGAAGUCAAGAUCGCAGACUUUGGCCUGGCACGCAUCUACACCUUCAAUAUCGCUCUCACUCCAGGUGUGGUGACACUCUGGUACAGAGCUCCUGAGGUGCUGCUGAACUCUGUGUACAUGUCCUCAGUGGACAUGUGGAGCGCUGGCUGCAUCUUCGCUGAGCUCUUCCUCUUGAGGCCGCUGUUUCAGGCGUACACAGAGGUGCAGCAGCUGCAAAAAAUCUUUGAGGUUCUUGGUUUGCCCAGUGAGGAGGACUGGCCUAAGGACAGCCCCAUCUCAUACUCAGUCAGCUGGGGACCAGAGGUUUCCUGCACCAAGCUGUUGCACAACCUGGGCCCAGAUGAGAACGACCUACUAGCUCAAUGUCUGGCAUUCAGACCGAGCAGCCGCAUCUCAGCUGCCAAAGCUCUGGCUCAUCCUUUCUUCAUGAAGCACUGAAGACGAGCGGAAUGAAGAAAACUCCAGCUCCCAUUGUUUGGAGCUUCCCUCCUCUACAGUCAGCCACACUAACUAUAGGUCUUGUGCCAUAAAAUCCAUCGUUCACUUUGCUCAGAGCGUAGACUGUUCACUAGCAUCAUGAGGACCUUUUGAACUUCAGCGCGGCAAAUACAAAACACAUUAUGCCUGACCUGUAGGACGUGGCUCUUAUGGCACAAAAAUCUCCUAUAUUUGAUAACAUUUUCACAAAUUUUAAGAUUUAUUUUCGAAGUUGUGUCAAUUUCUAAGUUUGAUCUUCUCUGUAAGAAGUGAGUAACGGUAAGUUGUUCCCUGAUUUAGUGAUAUAGAGAAGAUACAGUGCUACUUUGUUCUUGUUGAAUGUUAAAACUAAAAAUAGGGAUUCUGUUUUGUUGUAAACUACUGACAACACUAUUAUGAAUACUUUUACGUUAAUGGGUUAUUUCGUUUCACUGUAGAAUUUUUUGUUCUAGACUUGUAUACACUGGAGGAAAUGUUAUUUUUAAAUUUAUUUUUGUUAUUUUGAUGAAGAUAUUUAUGGUGUAAUGACUGGAAUAGAUUACACCUGUAUUUAUGUUUCUGGUGAUAAGAUUGUACACGAUUUUUCUUUCUACGUGAGUUACACUGUUCCUUCAAGAAGCUUUUCGAUAAAUAAUAGUCUCACAGA